AGUAAACAACACAAGCGCCCCGUAGCGUUACCUGCAUGUUCGUGUUGAGUGAGCUGGAGGAGACUGUAUUGUAGUCGUAGUGCAGCUAAUUCUUUCAGGUGUAAUUAAGCAACAAUGUCUUCAUUUGGGUAUUUGAGAGAGUUUGUCAACGAGCGGCUAACUGCUGCUGCUGAAGAAAUAUUCCGAGUUUUUGAAAAGACUAUCGCCGAGUACGAGGAAGAGAUCCACCGUCAGCGCAAACUGUUGGAUAUCGUUUGGAAACCCGAAAUACAGUUACACAGGAUAGACAUCCAGCAGCUGUUGGUGGUUAAAGAAGAGGUUCCCCCUGAGCACCAGGAGUGGAACUCCAAUCUAGACCAGGAGGACACAAAGCCCCCACACAAAGAGGAACAGGAGACAUUUCGAAUAAGUCAGGAGGAAGAGCAGCUUCAAGGACUGGAGGAGGCUGAUAUCCCCAAGUUCCUAUUCACUCUUGUCCCUGUGAAGAGUGAAGAUGAUGAGGAGAAACCUCAGUUCUCACAAUUUCAAAGCGAAACUGAACAGAUGAAAACAGAAGCUGAUGUAGAGGACUGUGGAGGACCAGAACCAGCCAGGACCUCAGAUCCAGAUAACCAUUUAAAAGCACGUACUGAUUACACGAAUGGAGACUCUUUCCAAUCCAAGAAUCAUGGCAUUGAUGAUUGGAAAGAGACCAGAACCUCUCUGACUAAUAAUGACGUCUCUGUCAGUGAUCUGAGAUGUAGAGCUGAUGAGAGAGAGUGUGAGAAAAAGUUUGGCACCAGUGGACAUUUGAAGAGACACAUGAAAACUCAUACAGGAAAGAAACCAUUUAGCUGCUCAGUCUGUAAGAAGGCUUUUGAACGUAGUGGACAUUUACAGACACACAUGAGAGUCCACACAGGAGAAAAACCAUUUAGCUGCUACAUGUGUAAGAAAGCCUUUUCAGUAAGAGGAUCUUUAAAGGCACACAUGAGAAUCCACACAGGAGAGAAACCAUUUAGCUGCUCAGUCUGUAAAAAAAACUUUCACAGUGAGUGGACAUUUACAGGCACACAUGAGAAUCCACACAGGAGAGAAACCGUUUAGCUGCUCAGUCUGUAAGAAAGCUUUUACAGAGAGUGGACAUUUACAUAAACAUAUGAGAAUCCACACAUGAGAAAACCCAUUAUCUGCUCAGUGUGUACAAAAACUUUUACUUGGAUUGCAAGUUUACAGAGACACACGAGAACCCACCAUUUUUGCAACCUAAACUGAACUUGUAAGGAAAUUGCAUACAACCCAAGGUCUCUCCUAAACGGUGGCUGUUUUGAAGUCACAAGGAAGAUCCACCUAACUCAGUCUCUCAGCAGACUCUCCAGUCUGUACACCUAGUUUGAAGUGCUGUGACAUCCCCAUCCCUAUAAAAGCAAUAACUGCUAUUA